AUGGACGACGAUGAUAGAGCUAACGCCCGUAUCGAUGAAGACUCCAAUGCCAGCUCCGACAAUGACCAGGACGAAGUCAUGGAGGAUGUAGACGAUGUCGAUGCCGAUGCCGACGCCGAUGCCGAUCAGGAAGUCGACCAAGAUGGUGACGGUGACGACGACAAUGACGACAAUGAAAACGAUGGCGAAGACGAUGACGAUGACAAUGAAGACGAUGAGGACAACCCCGACCAGGCCGACACACAAGCCAUUGACGAUGCCGACGCGAGCCAAAACGUCCAAAUAAAAGUAGAAGACGAAGGAGGCGAUGCGAAGCCCCUGCCGGAAGCGGAUUCUUCCAAAGGCCCCAACGGCACAAACGGCGCAGCACCUGGCGCGUCGCCCACGCGCUCCAAGUCCGCCACGCCAGGUCCCGCGAGAUGGAAGCCCGUAAUACGGCCCGAAGUGUACAGCGCGAAAGUGUACGACAUUAUACCGACCAUGGCGGCGCCACAAGCCACGAGCAUCAACGCCAUGGCCAUAACGCCCGAUCUGCGGUUCUGGAUGACGGGCGGUUCCGACGGCUAUAUUCGCAAGUACAGCGGGCCCGAGACCAUCAAUGGGAAGCAACUCCUCACGGUGGCGCAACGACACCCCUUCGUCGACAGCGUCGUCAAGGCUGGUGUUCUUGUCUCGUACUGGGAGAACGAGGAACCGCCGCAGCCGAACGCGCGGGGCGGUCCAGAGGAGCAUGUCAUGUCGCCCGUGUAUUCGCUGGCGAUCCACUCCCAGGCCCUGUGGCUACUGUCAGGCCUCGAGUCGGGCUGUAUAAAUCUUCAGAGCGUUCGCCACGACGAGGGCAAGCGCAUCCAUUCGCUCAAGCAGCACGCCAACGCCGUCAGCGUGUUGACGCUGGCGCCCGACGAGACGAGCGUCCUCAGCGGGAGUUGGGACAAGCAGAUUUUCGACUGGGACCUGAACCAAGGGGUCGUCAGCCGGUCAUUCCCCGGCAGUGGUGGUCAAAUUUCGGCCAUUGAGCUGCGACCGGCCAGGGGCAAUCCCUUCCCUGCAACGGCGGCCGAGGAGCCGGUCGUGAGUGACACUUUUUUCUCGACUGAUGAGAAGCGGGGGCUGCUCUCGAAUGGCGACCUGUUUUCCGGUUCCGGCGCCGGCGACGCUGGGGGGAUUGGUGGUGCGAACGGCGAUGCUGGAGAUGGGAUGGGUGAUGUGGCAUCUCCUGCUCACGAGAGUCUAUUUGGUGGCAGUGACGCCGGGUCGCUCUUUGGCGAGACUAUGGGAGGCGGUUUCGGAGGGGGUGACGAUGACGACGAGUUCUCGCAUGCUAUUGGCAUGUCGCUAGAAGGCGAUUCGAUGAAUGCUGGAAACGCGGAUGGAGGACCGACGGAUGCGACGAUGACUGGGAUGGACAGCACCAUGGGAGAUGUCGCUGCGGAACAACAACAACAACAACAACCCUUACAACCCUUGACGCAGGAUGCAGCUGCGACAAGUACGGCGCCAGACAGCUCCGGCCUAGCGGCUACUAAUACUACAGAUACCACUAAUACUACUCAACAUACAAGCGCCUCGAGCAUAGUUCCUACGACGAGCCAAGACGUCCCUUCCACCGCCACAACUUCUACUCAACCUACGACGACCACCAACUCCGCCCCCUCUACUGACGCAACAAUGACAGACAGCGCACCAACCCAAGACUCCAACAACCAAUCUACCAUCCCCGCCGCCACCACCACCACUACCGCAUCUACAGACAAUACCCAACAAGGAGGCACCACCUCGUCACCAACUCUAGUCCUUUCCUCCAACCCCACGACACAGCCCGAACCAGGCCAGCUUUCCUCAACAACCUUCUUCUCCGCCGGCAUGGACGGCACCCUCCGCAUCUGGGACCGCCGCGUCCCCGACCCCAUCGCCCGCAUCGUCCCCCAACGCGGCGUCCCGCCCUGGUGCAUGGGCGCCUGCUGGUCCCCCACCGGCGACCGCAUCUACGUGGGCCGGCGCAACGCCGUCGUCGAGGAAUUCGACAUCCACAAAGCCCGCAGCGGCUGGGCCCCCGAGCGGUCCCUCCGGUUCCCCGCGGGGAGCGGAGCCGUCAGCGCCGUGCGCGCCAUGCCCAACGGACGCCACUUGGUCUGCGCGUCGCACGAUAUCCUGAGGUUGUACGAUUUGGAGCACGUGGCGGCGGGGGCGACGGGGAAGCAAUCGACCGUGCCUUUUUUGAUCGUGCCGGGGCCGCCGAGGGCGGGUGUUAUCUCGGCGUUGUGGAUUGAUCCGACUUGUAGGUUUAUGUUGAGUAGUGCGGGGACGAGGGGGUGGGAGGGGACGUCGACGGAGGUGUUGAUUGGGUAUGAGAUUCAUGUGCCGGAGUAG